GAAAGAAUAUGAAUCAGAACUUGAAACAAACAUGUUCCAACCAUGAUGAAUUGAACUUGAAUCAUACCAUGUCUGCAGAACCCAAAAGAAUUAGGUCUGUUUCAAACCAUUUUAGCGCUGGAUCUUUCAAUUGGUGUUCUACCGUAUUUCAUGGAUUUGCAACAUUAGCAGAGACGUAUAUGAUGGACAGUUGUCCCCUCAUUAGUUUGGAACUAUUACUAGCACUAACUGUUAGACUGUUUCAACACAUACAUGAAUUUCUUACACCUUUUGAUCGAUAUAUGAGCAUAAAAAAAGAACAAAUAACGGAUUCUAAAUUAGUGAAAGCCGGUGAUAUCUUAUUGACCCCAGAUCUGAAGCAUGUGAUAGUUAAAGAAGUUCGUGCAAGCAUAACAAACAACCGAAGCGACAAAAUCCGUUUAGAAAUAGUUCAUGCAGCUAACCAUUUUCUUCUGUCUAAAAGAGUAUCAAAAAGUACAUUUGCUUUGAUACCGCAGGCUUCCAUUGUUGAAGUCUUCAAAAGUGUAAAUCAAUAUGACAAAGAAAAUUCUAUUACUGAUGCAGCCUUACGUAACGUGGGAAAUAUUUUACUUCCACGAUCCAGAGACUUUUUUGAGUUAUUACCGAGCACUACUGACCUUCUUGCCCCGAUGAUGCGCAGACAACAAAUGUAUGGAACUAAUGAUUUUUACUCUGGUGAUAAGAUUCUUUUUCUAUAUAACGGUUUAUUCAUAAAAGGUAUUAUCAUAAAUAAACAGGAGGCGCAUGACAAUAUACUCCAAGUAAAACUUUACUAUAUUGAUGAAACAGGAUAUGUUUCUGAAACUGAAAGCAUUUAUAAUAUGGACCAGAUAAUAAUCACCCGGUACGCAUAUCAUGAUCUAGAUUCCGUUUUUCGAAAUAGAAUACUUUAUUCAGCAGAACAGAUGAAAGGAAAACGUUUGUUCAGAGGAAUUGGUCAGACAUCUAUACGAUUUGUAUUAGGUUGCAUGUCAGGUGACCUUCCGUAUACACAGUAA